GAUUAAAAUUUUAUUUGAUAAAAAAAAAAAAAAAAAAAAAGUAUGAAACAAUGGUACUUAUGAAAAUAUAUCAUAAAUUAUUGUUUGGUUCUGUUGCAACUCCAAUACCUGGUGGAGUUUGUUUAAACGUCUUCUUAAUGAACUUUUUUGAGUCAUUGAUAGUAACAAACAUUUUACCUUUCCUACCUCAUUUGGUAAAAGCGUUGGGUGUGAGCGAGAUAGAUGUUGCUAAGAAAGCCGCUGUUAUUACAUUAUCAUUGUUUAUCAGUAGAAUAUUUAGCAGUUUAAUAUGGGGUUACAUUUGUGACAAAUGUGGAACCAAAUUAUCAAUUAUUUGGAGUAUUGUGGGUCUCAUAGUUUCAACAUUGAUAUUUGGGUUUAGUAGCAGUAUCACAUGGUGUCUUUUAUCAAGAUUUUUGCAAGGAUUUUUUAUGGGUUUGGGCAUUAUAACUAAAGCUUUUAUAUCAAAUUCGACAGAUAAUACCAACCAAGCUGCUGGGCUUACUCUUAUAUUUUCUGGAAGAAGUAUUGGAUUAAUUGUUGGAUCGAGUCUUGGAGGAUUUCUUGCUUUUCCAGUUGAAAACCAUCCACAUAUUUUUACUAAAGGCUCAGUUUUUGAUUUGUUCAAAGUUUUUCUCCCAAGUAUAGUCAUAGCUGCUGGGUUAGGCAUACAAUUAUUUUUAGCAAUAUGGCUAUUUCCUAGUGAUAUAUGUUUAUUGCAGAUGUUAAAAUUAAACAAACUAUCAAGAGAAUGUUAUGAAAAAAUUGAAGACAAAGAAAACACAAUUUUCAUGACUGCUGAUUCAGUUCAUAGUAAAGUUCCUUUAAGGACUUACACAGACAAAGUUUUGCAAUCAAACAUUAUUAAACUUUUAAGCAAUCCAGAUUUUCUUUUAUCUAACUUAUUAUGUGUUGUUCAUGCAAUGUUUUCAGUUGGUUUUGAAGACUUGGUCCCAAUCUUUUUAGCAACCUCAAAAAAAUACAAUGGAGUCGGGAUGUCAGCACCAGAUAUUGGCUUGUUGUUUCUAAUUAUUGCUAUUACUACAAUAUUAUUUCAAGUCGUGUCUUUUAAUAAGCUUUACAACAAAUACGGUGCAAAGAAGAUAUUUAUAUGGUCUUCAUUGAUGUUCAGUUUGUUAACAAUCUUUUUACCCUUAUGUGGAAUAAUUGAAAAAAAAGUAAGUUUGUGGUUUGUUUUGUGGAUCAGUCAGAGCAUUAUACGCUUGUGUAACACCGCUGGUUUCCUUUCUGUAAAUAUUUUUAUAAUUAACUCGGUUGAAAGUGAUGUUGUUGGAUUAGCAAAUGGUUUAGGUUUCUCCAUGGUGUCUAUUGGAAGAACUAUUGGAGUUGCGAUUUUUGGAAACAUUUACUCGUGGUCGAUGGGAAACGUUCAUAGAAAAAUAACAACGAAUGAAGGACUUGGCUUUCCGUUCAAUCAAUAUUGGGCGUUCAUCUUAAUUUCUAUAACUUGCUUAGCUUGUGUUGUUAUAUGUUUUUGUAUUCCCGUACGAUUAAAUAAAAAAUAAGCAUUUUUAA